AGCAGUGUGUUCAAGAGGUGGUAGUUGCAUUUGCAGUAAUUACUUAAAGUGUAUACCGUAUAAAGGGUGAGCCGAGCGAGGAUGGAUAUGAAGAAAAGAAUUCAUCUAGAAUUGCGGAACCGCACACCGUCAGAUGUGAAAGAGCUUGUACUAGAUAACUGUCGCUCGAAUGAAGGCAAGAUAGAGGGCCUAACAGAUGAAUUUGAGGAGCUGGAAUUUUUAAGCACAAUCAACGUUGGAUUAACCACAGUUGCCCACUUGCCGAAACUAAAUAAACUGAAAAAGCUUGAACUCAGUGACAACAGGAUCUCAGGUGGACUGGAAGUGCUGGCAGAGAAAUGCCCCAACCUCACACAUCUCAACCUCAGUGGCAACAAAAUCAAAGACCUCAGCACAAUAGAGCCCUUGAAAGAAUUAGGGACCCUCAAAAGCCUCGACUUGUUCAACUGCGAGGUGACAAACCUGAAUGAAUACAGAGACAAUGUGUUCAAGUUACUACCACAGCUCACGUACUUGGACGGAUAUGACAAAGAUGAUAAGGAGGCACCAGAUUCUGACACUGAGGUCUAUGCAGAAGGCUUGGAUGAUGAUGAGGAAGACGAUGACGAUAUAGAUGAGGAGGACUAUGAUGAAGAUGCAGCACCAGGGGAUGAGGAGGAAGAUGAGGGAGAGGAGGAAGAUGAGGAGGAGAAUGAAGAAGAGGAAGAUGAUGACCUCAGUGGAGAGGAAGAAGAGGAAGAAGACUUGAAUGAUCGAGAGGUUGAUGAUGAAGACGAUGAGGUUGAGCAUGAGGAAGAACGAGGCCAGAAGCGGAAACGGGAUUUGGAUGAAGAAGGGGAGGAUGACGAUGAUGACUGAGAGUCUUUGUGAAGCUGUGUUGUGAAUCGACUGUUUUAAACCUGUAUUUCCCAGUCACCUCCCAAGCCCAUGUAUUCUUUCUCCCUGUUUCAUAUUGCAGAAGGAGUGAUUAUUGCUAUUGGCCAGUCAGGUAGAGGGGGGUCGUCUGGGGAAAAGCUAACUUUAUGUACCUUUUUAGACUCCCAUAUUCCAACCCUUGUUGUCCACUCCAAAUUGCUUUGUGGACAUAUGGGAGUUUUUGUAAAUCAGAUAUUAGAAAAGAUAGCCUUUUUAAGGAUUGUUUUCUCUGCAUUUCGUUUUGACCAAUUUCUAAUGACUUCCAUAUUUAACACAAAAAAAAAAACAAAAAAAAAAAUCCUCACUCCCCCUCAAAAAAAUACAAAGAAAAAGAUAGUGUGCAUGUUUGAAUACAUUUUAAAGUCAACUACUGGAUUUCAUGUAUGUCUUCUCCUCUUGUCUUAAACUUAUUUUUACAUUGUUAAUUUUUAUGUAAGUUAUGUGUUUGUGGUGUCACCAGUAUGCCAAUAUUCUCUGCUGUUCUGGUGUGAAAAAUCUGUCUGAAAAGUCUGUCUGAACAUGCACAGCAUGACCCUCAACGGUCAUAUUUUAAGUCAGAGGAAAACAAAAAAAACAACAAACAAACAAAAAAAAAACCCAAAUGUCUGCCCUUAUCAAAGCUGCUCCUCCUCCUCCAACCCUCAGCUUUGAUAGUUCGGAAAUUACGUGUUCUUGUAAAUAAUGACCAAAUCUAUUUUUUUGUAUUCUCUUUGAUGAUGGCAGACAUUAAACACAACUGAGUUGAAACUAUGAAUUGUAAAAAAAAAUAAAAAUAUUAACUAUGUAUGCUGCUUUGUCUAGAAUACGCAGUUUGAAAUUUCUCAAAUUUGAACAUACUUUGUAUGCAUAAUCUUUCCAUAAGGUAAAAUGUUCAAUGUCAAAAUUUAUCACCUCUCUUCCAUGUGCUUUUCUUUGACACAGAUGGCGAUGUAUGGGUUUGUGGUGGUAGUGUAUCGAACUAGUUGAUGAUAUAAAUGGAAGUUAAUACUGCAACUAUGUGCAUUGGGGAAAAAAAAUUAUGUCUCAAAGUGUAAACUCUGGAAACAUGGUCAAUUAUUUGGACUUUUCACUAUUUCACAUAAUGGUCAAAUUGGCCUACCUCAGUGAUUUUCACCCUAAUUAUGUUAAAUUCACUGUCAUGAGCCAAAUUUUGUUUGUUCUUCCUCCAUUCACUUCAA